AUGGCAGAGUUCAGAGAGGCCUUUCAACUGUUUGACAGGACAGGUGAUGGCCAGAUCCUGUACAGCCAGUAUGGGGACAUGAUGAGGGCCCUGGGCCAGAGCCCCACCAACACCGAGGUGCUCAAGGUUCUGGAGAACCCCAAGAGUGAUGAGAUGAAAGAGAAGGUACUGGACUUUGGGCACUUUCUGGCCAUGCUGCAGACUGUGGCCAAGAACAAGGACCAGGGAACUUAUGAGGACUACACUGAAGGCCUUCUAGCAUCUGAUAAAGAAGGGAAUGGUAUUGUCAGGGGCGCUGAGAUCCAUCCUGUCCUAGUCUCACUGGGUGAGAAGAUGACCGAGGAAGAAGUGGUAUGCUGGUGGCAGGGCAUGAGGACAGCAGUGGUGGUAUCAACUGUAAAGAACUUGUCUGGCUGGUGCUGA